AUGGCCUCUACAAGCGCUUUAUCGGAUCCCCUGGAGUAUCAGAAGAUAUUCCACUGGGCAGAAACUCAAAAAGACGGCACCAUUCCUUCUUUCAACACGAGACGGAAUGAUCCUUACCAGUAUCAAGCCGGCUUCGGCAACUCAUUUGUCUCCGAGGCUGUUCCUGGUACCAUUCCACAGGGCCAGAACAGUCCUCGUAAUGUGAGAUUCGGCCUGUAUGCCGAGCAGAUCACCGCGACAGCUUUUGUCGCCCCGCGGCAUUGCAACAAGAAGGCAUGGUUGUAUCGUGCUCGUCCGGCGGUUGCUCACCAGGGAUUCACCGAUCUUCCUGACAACAAAGAUACCGAGUCGAAUUUCCUGCCCUUAAACCCUCGAGUGCACGUCUCUCCAACUCAGCUAGCAUGGCAUCCAUUUGAGAUUCCGACUGGUGAGGAGGUAGACUUUGUCUCCGGUCUCAAGACUGUAGCAGGAUCAGGAGACCCGACACUUCGCGAGGGUCUCGCUACUCAUGUCUAUACGGCCAAUAUCAGCAUGAAGAAGAAAGCCUUUGUUAAUUCUGAUGGUGAAUUCCUCAUCAUUCCUCAACAAGGUGCCCUGGACAUUCAGACUGAAUUUGGUCCAUUGUUUGUUCAGCCCGGAGAAAUCGUCGUCAUCCAGCGAGGUCUUCGCUUCCGCGUUGAGCUUCCUGACGGCCCUUCUCGUGGGUAUAUCCUCGAAGUCUGGGGAACUUGCUUUGAGCUGCCCGAGCUGGGGCCGCUCGGAGCAAAUGGUUUGGCUAAUGCUCGAGAUUUCCUUGUUCCUGAGGCAAAGUAUGAGGUUGCUCAGGAACCCUGGGAGAUUAUUUAUAAGCUCGGAGGGAAAUUCUUCAGGAGCACACAGAAUCACAGUCCUUUCGAUGUUGUUGCCUGGCAUGGUAAUUAUGUUCCAUACAAGUAUGACUUGACAAAAUUCGUCAAUGUCGGCUCAAUCUCCGUCGAUCAUAUUGAUCCAUCUAUUUUCUGUGUACUCACAGCCAAGUCCCGCGACCUCACUUCACCUUUGGCCGAUUUGCUCAUCUUCUCUCCCCGGUGGGAUGUAGCGUCUCACACUUACCGACCGCCUUACUAUCACCGCAAUGUUGCCUCCGAACUGAUGGGCCUGAUCUACGGUGAAUAUGGUGGCCGCUCGGAUGCCUUCAGGCCCGGAAGCAUUUCCUUUGAGUGUGGAAUGGUCCCCCAUGGUGUAGCGUACGAGGAAUUCAAGGCUGCCACCGAGAACCCGCCACCUGUGAUGCAGAUUUCAGAGGCAUCGAUUGCGUUCAUGUUCGAGUCCAGCCGGCCAUUCACAAUUACAGACUAUGCCUGGAACAGCGACAAGAAGCACGAGCACGAGCCGAAGAUGUGGGAUAAUCUGGUGGACAAUUUUUCUAAACAUGCCAAAGAGGUUGAAGAGAUUCUGGCAAAGAAGGCACAAGGACUUCGAAUUUAG